UCGAACAUGGGUCGACUACGGAGGAGAGCUUGCGUGGCUCUCUUCCUUUUCACUCUCUUCAUCUUUGGAGCCAUGAUGGCACUCCGCACCCUCAAAACCGGGGACGGCUUCUCGGAUCUGCUCCCCGACACGCCGCAGCGGCGCUCCGUGCAGCGGAGCUCUUCAUCCUCUUCCCCCGCUCGCCAGCGCACCAACGCGGCAGCGGCGCCCAACGUCGGUCCGGAGGGGAGCAUCUUCGACGACGUGCAUAUAUUCUACUACGUGUGGUACGGAACCCCGCGGGCGGACGGCAAGUUCAUACACUGGGAUCACGUCCUGGUGCCGCACUGGGACCCGAAAAUAGCGUCCAGCUAUCCGCGGGGGAGGCACGUACCGCCCGAGGACAUCGGUUCCAGCUUCUACCCGGAGCUCGGCCCGUAUAGCUCGAGAGAUCCGGACGUGCUGGAGUCCCACAUGGAGCAGAUUGCGGCGUCGGCGGCAGGCGUCCUGGUGCUGUCGUGGUAUCCUCCCGGCAUGGCUGAUGACAACGGGGAACCUACAGAGGAUUUCGUACCUGCCAUACUGGACGCUGCAUACAGACACAAUCUUAAGGUCGCAUUCCACCUCCAACCAUACAGAGGACGCAAUGAACAGAGUGUGCUUGAAAACGUCAAGUACAUCAUUGACAGGUAUGGAGACCACGCAGCUUUCUACCGGUUCAUGUCGAGCACCGGCAAAAGCCUCCCAUUAUUCUACAUCUACGACUCAUACCUGACGCCACCAGAGUCUUGGUCGCAGCUGCUGUCGGCGGGCGGCGCGCGCAGCCUGCGCGGCUCGGCCUACGACGGUGUCUUCGUAGCGCUGAUAGUGGAGGAGCGCCACAAACAGGACAUCGCCUCGGGCGGCUUUGACGGCAUGUACACAUACUUCGCCUCCAACGGCUUCUCCUUCGGCUCGUCGCACCAGAACUGGAAGGCGCUCAAGGCCUUCUGCGACGAUAACGAACUCCUGUUCGUACCCUGUGUGGGGCCGGGUUACGUGGACACCAGCGUGCGGCCGUGGAACGGCCACAGCACACGCAACCGCGUCAACGGGCGCUACUAUGAGACGGCACUGCAGGCAGCGCUGGACGCGAGGCCGGAACUGCUGGCCAUCACUUCCUUCAACGAGUGGCACGAGGGCACGCAGAUCGAGAGGGCCGUACCAAAGAAGACAGCCGCUAGGGUCUACUUGGACUACCGGCCGCACGGGCCGCAGCACUACCUGGAGCUCACAAGGCGCUGGGGCGAGAAGUUCAACAAGGAGAAGGAGACAUGGCUCAUGUGA